AUGAUUUCAAACAACAGUAGCCCAGAAAAUUUUAUAUUUAUCCAAAUGCUGGGUAUGGUCAAUGCCAUGAAAACAGGCAAUCCACAAGUGGAUAUGCUCAUUGCAAUGGCGUUGCCAUAUCUACUGAAUAUGCUACGAAGCGAUUUACUACGAUGGAUCAAGAAGUUAGUUGCCAAGGAGGUAAUAAUCGUCAAAGCUGACUUUGAACGUAACAUCACUCAUCGAUCAACUGUCACUGCGGGUGGCGUCCAUGUUGAUAUUGACGAAGAAAACUACAACUUAUGCCUGAUCAAGGCUCUUCAGCUUUAUGUGUAUUCUAAUUGUAAGCCUGACCUGAAACAAGCUGAAAUGAAUCUGACGUUACUUGGUGGCAACAGCAGCCAACAACGGCGAAAUGAUAUGUCCACGUCUGACUUGCUCAAAUCCUUCAGUAUGGUAGAGCGGCCACUGUCCAAACAGUGGUUGGAUGUUGGUACAUUCGCUGAUUCACCUGUAAAGCUCUUUAUGGAAGAUUCCUUGAGCAAUGGUAAGGAGGAUGGUGGCAAUAACGGCGGGACUGGAAGUAUCCGUGACAUGACCAUCCAAGUCAAGUCACCUUCUAAGCAAUCCAUCAAUGCCUUUCUGCAGGUUGCUUUCGAUUGGUAUACAGAUCAGCUGAAAAGCAUGGAAAACACCGACCGAUUCUUGUUCGAGUUGGAGAGCUGCUCCAGCCGAGGCCGAGAAAUUCCUAAUUUCCGUCGCUACAAGCUAGGAGAUGACAAGACCUUUGAAAGUCUCUUCAGCCGACAAUGUCAUGACCUCUUGACAAUCGUGGAUCAAUUCGAGUCCAAAUCUGGCAAGUACCGUAUCAAAGGAUACCCACACAAGCUGGGGCUUUUGUUGACCGGCCCUCCUGGUACAGGAAAGACCAGUCUGAUCAAGGCUCUGGCCCACUAUACGGACCGUCACAUUGUGAAUGUCCUAUUGUCUCGCAUUUCAACGAAUGCAUCCUUGAUGAAUUUAAUGUUCAACAAGAAAUACAUUACCAACGACAGUGGUGCCCACUCAUCUUUGGACUUUAAUCGAAUCAUCUACGUCUUUGAAGAUGUCGAUGCAUCUAGUGAUGUUGUCAAGUCCCGCAAGCUGAUUGCUGAGGAGAGCGCGGAGGCAGGUCCUGUUGAGGUCGUUGAAGCAUCCGCAGCAAAGGCCAGUAAGGAUGACAAUAAGGCCAGAAAGCGUGCUCAAAUGAGAGAGAAAAUGAUAGCCAAAAUGCGGGCAGACGCCGAUGGAGAGGACAAGCUGGACUUGACAGGAUUGCUAAACGCACUUGAUGGCGUCGUCGAUACACCCGGUCGCAUUGUGAUCAUGACGUCCAAUCACCCGGAGAUCUUGGACGAGGCCUUGGUCCGACCUGGCCGUAUUGACAAGCGCCUGAAUCUUGGAUACAUGAUUGCUCAGGACAUGGUCGAGAUGCUCGAGCAUUACUUUGAGUGCAAGGUAGACUCGAAAGCAGAAAUACGUAUCAGAGCAUUGAUCCAGAAUGGUAUGGACAUGACAGCCGCUGAAUUGGAACAGCUGGCAAUCGAGCAUGAGACUACCGAGGAACUGAUUGCAUCUUUGGAAAAACGUGAAUGA